GUUGUUGCAGCAAUGUCGACCUGCCGCGUGGCAGCGUGCGUGGCAGUGCUGGGAGCGGUGUGCUGCGCCCUGCCGCACACUGUGCUGGCGCUCGACCUCAACCGGCUCUACGGACACCACACCAAGCGCUCCGAGUAUUGUCACCCUUACGAGCCAUUCAAGUGCCCAGUGGACGGCAACUGCAUCUCGAUCCAGUACCUCUGCGACGGGGCUCCCGACUGCAUCGACGGCUACGAUGAAGACUCCAAGCUGUGCACUGCAGCUAAACGUCCGCCGGUAGAGGAGACGGCGUCGUUCCUGCAGUCGCUGCUGGCGUCGCACGGGCCCAACUACCUCGAGAAGCUGUUCGGCAGCAAGGCGAGAGACGCCCUGGAACCGCUCGGCGGCGUCGAGAAAGUGGCCAUCGCUCUGUCUGAGUCGCAAACUAUUGAAGACUUCGGUGCGGCUUUACAUCUGAUGCGAUCAGAUUUGGAGCAUCUUCGUUCCGUAUUCAUGGCUGUCGAGAAUGGCGAUCUUGGCAUGCUGAAGUCUCUCGGCAUCAAGGACUCGGAGCUUGGCGACGUCAAGUUCUUCCUGGAGAAGCUAGUCAACACUGGCUUCCUCGACUGAAUAGCGCCGGAGUCUGCCUCUGAUUAUUAUCGUGUCGUCCAAUUCGCCCCCAUCAGUUCUUCAUUCUACAGCUACCUCCCUUACGAUCCCAACAGAUAUAGGAAGAAAUAACUCUUUCAUUCCCAUGUGAGAUUGGUGUGAUAUGAGUGAGGUUUUUAACAGUUAUUAGAGAGGAGCUUGUCGGACGUCGGAUGCCGACUUCUACAACCGGCCACGUAGACUCGACUCGGAUCCCGACGACCUCUUCUCGUCCGCUUUUAUAGAUUUAGAUAGUCGAAAAAGCUAUUAAUUUCGUUAUCGCCCUAGGAAAGGUAUAUUUUUAUAAAGUAAUUUCUUUAGGUUUAAAACCUAAAAGUCCAUUAUUUUUUACAAAACCGGAUAAUCCGCGAAAAGCUAUGCGGUCUGGUACUCGCGUCCCCGCCGCAGCGUGCAAGCACGUAAAGAGCGAAAGACUGCACCUUCGUGGUCAUCUACUGUAAGGGUGUAUACUAAUAUACUUUGUGAGGCACACAUGCGGUGAAAAACGGCAUAGCUUGUCGCGGUCGUAUGGAUGCUUGUAAUCUGAAUGUCGCCCUCAUAUAGUUGUACCCUACUCUUUUCUACCUACGAAGUCAGAGGCGACUCCUAGUGUCAGCGUCCAUUCUAAGCGAGAUAUAAAGCUAAACGUCGGUCGAUUAUGUUCGAGUGAUAAUGCCCUUAGAUUAUAAAAUAUUAAGAAUCGUUGAAAGAAUGCAUGCGCUUUAUAUCUGGCUUUUGGAAAAAUCCAGAAUAGGACCAUGGAUACAUAUCAUUGUAACUUAGACUAGAUGAAACAUAUCAUAGUAUAACUAAGUAGUAGAUAAAGUACAAUUAUUUUAAUAUGAUCGGUAUUGUAGUGUUUAUGAAACAUUUUACUGUCUCAAUAUAUGUAGUUUAAGAAAUUAUGUAGAAUUUUGUCAAAUUGUCAUCAUUAGAACGUAUCAAUUUUAUCGAGGAAAGCAUAAGGUGCUGCACCAAUCCCGAAACAUAUCAAAACUAUGUGAUUGUAUAAUUAGAUGUUAGAGUAUUAUAUGGUGUGUUAUUGCCAACUUUGGCUGGAGUUGGUUCUUUAUUGUACCAAUACUAGACAUAUAAAAAGUAGUUGAAAAUGAAUACUUAAGUAUAACUUAUCAACCUUUACAAUCUUUGACACUACUUUUAACAAUCUACCAUUUUAUUUUUACGCCCAAGUGUAAACUUUGGGUAAUAAAACUUAUGUCAAAUGCGGGCUAAAGAGACAACGAAUUAAGUUUAAAAAAAACUUCAGUUGCCAAGAACCCGCCUCGCGGGUCGCUCCAGACGAAGCUUGGCACUGAAAGUAUCGUGCCAUUAACACACUUCGUAGAUUCUUACCGAGUUUAUCGAGUUGCGCUAGUCUAUCAUCUGACUGCACUACGAAGUAUGUUGCCGGUAUCAAGAUGUUGAAAAAUGACAUAAAAAAGAUUGAUAGUUUAAGAGAAAUUACUGGAGACACUUAACAUUUGAUGAAUGGUUAAUUUAACAAUUAUACCUUUAACUGAGAUGUCUUAACAUAGAAGAGCAGCUAUGGGUUAAGUACGCCUGGAUAUACAGAACAGCCUGUAUUUGCCAGAAGUUGUUAGGGUUCUAACAAAUACCUAUCUAAUUUCUACCGCCAAACUUAAAUUAUUUAUAGAACCACGACCGGUCUCCACUAGUUCCAUCUAAUCUUAAUCUUAGACUAAGUUCGUAUUAGCAUAAGGGAUUUUCGACUUUAGUGUUUCACAUAAUAACUUGCAUCAGAUCUCUAUUUAGUCUGUAUGAUUCUACAAAUGGCGAACUUUGAGCUCUGUUAGUUAGUUACGUGUUUUGAAACUAAGUAUAAAUACAUGGCUUACUGUUCUAAAAUGAGAAAUAAAUACAUUAUCUUCAAA